AUAAUCGCAACAACAAUCGGAAUGACCAUCGCAACAAUGUUUUACAUCAGCAACAGUUACAACAGUGUACGACCAUCACAAUUAGGGAAAAACGCACGAAAAACCAAUUGCAGCGACAGGUACACCCGAAGCCGGAGCCGAAGUUCGAAUCGAAAUCAGAACCGGAGCCCCAGUUGAAUCCACAGCCGGAAGAAGAGCCAACGUCCGAAGAGGUGCUGGAGGAAUAUGAUUCAAAACCGGUGUCGUUGUUUGAGUUCGCGAACCUGGACUUACAAUUGGAGAAUUUAAAUGGAAAGCCGGUAUCCAAGUUCGAGCUGAAUGAGCCAGACCUCUCACAAUUGCACGAGAAUCUAAAGCCGAUAGAAUCGCUGCCGAUUUCGGAUCUGGAAUGCUCGCUGUAUGAAGAGAACUGUUCACAAAAAAAUGAACAGGUUAAUUCGGAAGAAAGACCUUUGGCAGAAAGCAUCUUUGAUCUAGAAAGAAUAAGUCUUCCUCUUUCCGAAAAAACUCUAGAUUUUGAACACCGACAAUUUAAAACUUAUUGCAUAAAACGUAACAUCAGACUCUUAAAGCGCGAUAUCUUUAUGAAUAGAAGAUCUCCUUAUGCAAUAAUGAAACCCUUGGUAAAGCGCUACCAUGAUUUCGAAGAAGUGUAUGGUGACACAGUCAAUAAGAUCCUUGACAAAAUUAAACCAUCUAAUUCUCAAUGCAGUAGUUCAACAAAUAAUCCAGUUCCCUCAAAAUCUUCAGAGGCAGAUAGUUCAGUUUCCUCAAGAUCUUCUGAGGCAGAUAAUGCAGUUUAUUCAACAUCUUCGAAGACAGAUAGUCCAGUUCCCUUAAAAUUUUCAGAGGCAGAUAAUUGCCUUGACUAUAUGUCAGACGGAGAUGAAGAAUAUACAACGCGCUGCAAAAACAGAGCAGCGAUAGCAAAUAAAGAAGCCGAAGAGGAAAGCUUCAAGUGCUCGUGGAAGGACGUUGAGCCAAAUGAUUCCUUCGAGACUGAUUUCUUUGAAGAUGAAGCGGCUGAUUCAAGGAUUACUGUAAAAGAAGAGCAGCAAGUGAGUUUUCGACACGUGUUCAAUGUGUCUCAGCUCGUGAUGGCACAUGUAUCAGUUCCGAAGUCACCAUCACUAUUGAAACCAUUGUUAUCAACGGCUUCACAUACAUCAUCAGAAGCUUUAUCAUCACCACCAGAAGUUUCAACAUCAUCAUUAGAUAUCUUACCAUCACCGACGGCGAUCAAAAAUCCGUUGAACAACGAGGACAUCAAUCAACGGAUCACUCGGAGGAAGGCCGAAGAGAUACAACAGCAAAUGGCAUACAAGAUCAAGAAGAACACCCUCAUCGACCAUUGCUAUCACCAAACGAACGUGCCUGAAACAUUUCAAGUAUUCAAAGAGGAGUUUGAGACGGAAGAAUCCGAAGACGAAGAGGGGGGAAUCAUUGAUGUCGUGUCAGUCAAAACUGGUAAAAAGCAAGUAUCGUUCGCAAAGCAGAUGACACGCUAUAAUCUGGAGUUCCAGCGCAAAGAAGAAAACGAAGAUUCGAACGAAGACGAGCCCUCAGAGCCUCCUGUCUCUCGCCGGCCUCGUGGUAGACCACCGGGUUCCACAAAACGGAAGGCCAAUCGAUCUGGUCCCGCUCCAAAACGUGCCCGCAUUCAGAACAAUGUACAUUCAAAUUAUCAACAGCCUGAACAGCCAUCGUGUCAGUAUCAAAAUUCGAUGCGACAGAGCGCCUUAGAGCAAGAUUCAUCUGAAGAUACGAAGAGAAGGCGGUUGCAUAACGAUAUGGAACGACAACGGCGAAUAUACAUGAAGGAAUCCUACGAACAGUUAAGAAAGAACGUGCCAGCGAUUAUGUACAAUAACAAAGCGUCGAAGGUGUCUAUCCUGAAGCAGGGGGCAACGUAUAUUAAGUCAUUAACCGAAAUUGGUAACACUUUAAAAACUAAUGUCACACAUCUGAGGCAGCAGAAUGAGAUGCUCAAAAGAAAACUCCAGCAUUUAAAACAUAAGUUUCUAUAUAUUAAUAUAAUAGGUAGAUUUAGGCAUCACUAA